AUGUCUGCCGCUAAGAUCACUGCCCAGAACCUCAUCAACGAGAAUGGCGUUGUUGUCUUCUCCAAGUCUUACUGCCCCUACUGCAAGGCCAGCAAGGACCUCCUGAACGAGCUUGGUGCCAAGUACACCACCCUUGAGCUGGACGAGGAGCAGGACGGCGCCGCUAUCCAAAGCGCUCUCCAGGAAAUCUCCGGCCAGCGCACUGUCCCCAACAUCUACAUCAGCCAGAAGCACAUCGGCGGUAACUCCGACCUGCAGAGCAAGAAGUCCGAGCUCCCCGCUCUGCUCGCCGCUGCCGGUGCCCUCUAA